UCGGUGUUUAUGUGAGGCUUCAGCAUGCUACCUGGCUAACCGGACAGUUUCUGGAUCGGUGAUGACUCUGAAACGUUAACGUUAACUGUAGUCAGACAUACAGCCGGUUACCGGAGGAGUUUAUCUUCCUCACGGGUGGAAGAUUGGAUUUAAAGAGAAAAACAGAAGAUGUCUUUGCCUGUUGAUGCUAAUGCUAAUGCUAAUGCUAAUGUGGAUCAGAAGGUUCUGCAGUAUGAAAACUUCGUCAACGAAGUUCUGAAGAGAGAUUUAGAGAAGGUGUUGGAGCAGAGAGACUCAGUUUAUGAGAAGAUCUCGCUGUAUCUUCAGCUGAAGAACACCAUACAGAGUCUGCAGGAGUCGGGCUCUCAGCAGCUGAAGACGGAUGUUGAUCUCGGCUGUAACUUCUUCGUCCAGGCUGAAGUGGAGGACUCGUCCAAGAUCUUUGUGGCGGUCGGUUACGGCUUUUUUUUGGAGAUGAACUACGACGAAGCUCUGCGAUUCAUCGAGAAGAAGACGAGUCAGCUCACUGCCUUCACAGAGCAGCUCACCAAAGACUCAGCUAAGAUUAAAGCCAACAUCCGCAUGGUGCUGGAGGGUCUGAGGGAGCUGCAGGGAGUGACCGACCUGCCAGAGAGCAGAAGAAGAGACGUUUUCUAGACUUUGUUGGGCGACCGCAGGACUUUCAGAUAAAUAAAAUAAUAAAACAUGGCUGCUGCUGUAACACAGGACAAACAUCACAGGAGGACGUGGAGAAUGAAACCUUCCCUUUAAUUUGUUUCUUCGUUCAGAGCAUUGAAACCAUGGUGAGAGUUUAUUAUUGUCAGUAAUACACACGGACGUUCGCCGGAGAGUUGAAGGCAAAGAUCCUGCAGAAUCUCACUCUUUCUUUCGGUGAAAUGUGAACACACAGACAUGAAACACGUGUUGAUGUCAUCAGUGAGACUCUAGAGAUCAUCAUCAUCUGAGAUCAUCAUCUCUGAGAUCAUCAUCUCUGAGAUCAUCAUCUGAGAUCAUCAU